UUUAUUAUUUAAACUCAUAUUUCUUCAAGUAUUAUGAUAAAAACUUAAUUAUUAUGACACUAAAUACACAAGUGUAAAUAAUAUUACAUAAAAUGAGAAGAGUGACAAAAAAGGCUUUCAUAUUUCUCUUUGGCUUAGCUUUUAUAUAUUUUUAUUGUGAAUAUCUAAUUUAUUUGGUUGUGGUUGCCCAGUGUGCUUGGCCAACAUUGCAAAAUGCUGAUACUCUCAAAGUGUUGAUCAUAGCUGACCCACAUUUGCUGGGUCCAUUCAGAGGACAUUGGCUGGACAAAUGGAGACGAGAGUGGCAAAUGAAGCAAGCAUUUCAAGCUAUUAUGACAUUACACGAACCAGAAGUUGUUUUUGUACUCGGAGAUUUGUUUGAUGAAGGAGAGUGGACCGAUCAUGAACAAUUCAAGGAUUAUGUGGAUAGAUUCUACAAUAUAUUCUACGUACCUGAGCCCACAAAAAUGUAUGUCACCGUUGGGAAUCAUGAUAUUGGUUUUCAUAAUAGAAUAUGGCGUGGUUCUGCUGAAAGAUUUGAAAAAUACUUGAAGGCUCCUUCAGUUCAGCACAUAAUAUUGAAAGAGAACCAUUUUGUUCUCUUAAAUUCAAUGGCUUUGGAAGGCGAUAAUUGUAGACUUUGUACAACAGCAAGAAGGGCUAUAGAAAAACUUUCAGAUUCAUUGAGAUGUGCAGAAAUUCCAAGUGAUUGCGAAAAUGGUCCAAAAUUCAACUACAGCAAACCAAUACUCAUGCAGCAUUUUCCACUAUACCGAACAUCGGAUUCAAAAUGCACAGAUGAAGAUUCGCCGCCUUUGCCAGAAAGAAACAAGCAGUUUAGGAACAAAAUCGAUGCAAUAUCUCAUGAAGCCACAGAGUAUAUUGUGGCUAAGUUGAAACCGCGCGCUGUGUUCGGUGGCCAUACGCAUCACGGAUGUCUGUUGCCACAUUCUCAUGGGGAUACCGAGUUUCUAGAAUAUUCGGUGCCUUCGUUCUCCUGGCGUAAUAGACGGAAUCCGAAGUACAUGCUGGUUUCUUUAACUCCAACGGAUUAUGCUGUGAACAAGUGCGGCUUGCCCAAAGAAGCGACUGUAGUCGUGACUGCGGUAGUCAUGAUAAUCACUCUGGUUGUGUUGCUGUUAAGAAUGAGUGUGAUGGGUAGAUAGUUUUCCAAGUAAUCUUGCCAAACUUGCUAGGAAUCUGACCAAGGUUUUAAAUGAAUAAAGAAGUUGACUGAUCAAGGUAAUUCUUUUAAUAAUGUCUUAAUG